UCGCUCCAUAGGACAGGACAACGGGUUUGCUACAUUUCUCAGCUGCAUCCAACGUUCACCGUAUUUCAGCUGUUGGAAGUCACAUCGAAUUCUUGGCUAUGUUCUACUCAACAGAUCUUCUGAACAGACAGCACGGCAAGUUUGGACUCAUAUGGUUGGUUGCUAUGGCACCUCCUAGAAAAAUCUCUAAGCUGUCCAAGAGAGACUACAUGAAAAUCAGCGUGUCAAGGGCAUGCAAUGAUGUGCUGUUUGAAGGUGGCAGGUUAUCACUAAGGUUAUGUGCUCAGCUGAUGAUUGGUAUUACGCGAGUGUGUCAGAAGCAGAGUCGAUACUUGUUAGAUGAUGUGAAGUUGUGUAUAUCCAAGAUGCGACUGACAUUUGUUCGUGUUCAUAUUGACCUCCCUGUUGUUAACACUCAGUCUAGGGAUGCCGUCACUCUUCCUGAUGAUUGCUUCAUAAAUGACUUUGAUGAUUUGGAGUUUGAACCUGUAACUCAACUCGACUUUGCACUAGACAUUCUACCUAUUAUUCCACUCAGCCAGCCAACAGAAACAUCACAUCAGCCUGAGGAACAUAAUGGCAACCUGACCUACAAGGCUCUACAAGCUGAUCUUGAGGAGACGUUUGGUGACGAAGAAGACGAGGAGUUUUUUGUGUGGGAGCAAGCUGCUAGGUUGGAUAGAAAAGAACACUCAGAGUCUGAAGACAACAUUGUGAUUUUUGAGCCUCACUCAUCAUCAUUUCAACCAGUCACACUUUGCCAAGAAGCAAGUGAAUUGAACACAGAAAAGGAAAUAGGUCAUCAGCAAACAAACCCACCUUUGUCUCAAAGUUUUAUACACACAGAAGAUGCUGCUGAUGCAAAGAGAAAACAGCCCAAGAGGAGAAGCAAGAGACCACCUACUGAUGCUAUUACUGUUAUUCCAUCUAAGGUGUUUCGUGCCAUGAUGGAUCAGUCAGCUAAUACUCUGAAAGACACGAACGAAGUCUGUCGCUGUUUCUCAGCUGACAGCAUCACUGAGUUUGUCAACGUACCACUUAGCUUGUACAAGGAACUCCCUGUAUUUUACGUCGACAUUGAACAGCAAUGGAAGUCAUUUCCUCAGUCAUCAGAGCUGGGUGCAAGUUCUAGUGAUGUUGCUGAUGCUAUCAUUUCAGAUGACGUUUUAUCUUCUCAUUUCUUGGAGAAUGGGACUGAUGUCAAGUCAUUUCUACAAUCUACAAGAACUCCUGUAGUGACAGAAGAACCAGCAGCAGAGUCGACACCUUUGUUUGGGGAAGAGGUUGAUGACAAUUCUACACUCAAAACACAACAAGAACGCAAAACAAGUUCUAAAUUAUCUGAGGCCGGUGCUGCAUAUGUUCCUUCACCUGUAGUGGAAGAGCAACGCAUGGAUGAGGCCAUUGAGGUCGAUGGCAGUGAUUGGUCACUCAAGCAGUCAUCAGGUCACAUGCAACAACUUACAGAAGCAGAAAACCGAUUGCUACUCGUUCUUCGAGACAAAUUUGCUCUCAGUGACACAGUCUAUUUGACCGACCUUGCUCCAACUAGUACUACUCGCCACCAGGCCGGAUUUCUGCUGUAUCUCCUUUGUGCUCUUGAAUGUGCAGAUUUAAUGAGGCUUUGGCAGAGCGUAACCUUUGGGCCAAUAAAAAUCAUGCAGACAAAGAAGUUUGCACAGUGGAUCGAUCUACAGUGCUAGAUGAGAUGUGCUCUGUUUACUAGACCUACUAUACUUUGUUUUGGUACAGUGCUGACGUUAGAUGUUUGUGUGGUAUGUGUCUGCAAGUGUAGACUCUUGUUAGAUGUCCAUGCAUAUAUGGUAUGUUAUUAUGUGGAUUAGAAACUAGAUUUUCUCUCUGUCCUACUUAUGCUUAUAAAAGUAGCUUGUAUUUGCUGGGUGUAGUACAGUACAAUCUGCCGGUAGAGAUUGUUGUAUUCCAAACAAUUAUCUGAAACAUGAUGCAGAUAAUACAAA